AUGCCCCUGAAUGCCCCUGAUUUGCCUGCUACUAUUAGCCAUGCACAACGACUUAUUGCAAAGCUUAAAACACUAAGUGAAGAGUUUAAAGUGCACCACUUCGCUGUAAUUGACUUUAUUGAUGAUGAAGAUGAAGAAGAACUGGCUAGUCAGCAAUUGAUGUUGGACACCUUAGACGAUGAUGUUGCUCAGAUAACUGCUAGACUGGAAGAGCUUGCUGCCAGGCGACCCCCAGCAGUUGACAAAGUAGCAAACGUGACCUUCAAGCGUUUAAAAUACCUAGAGCGAGCAUUUGCUAUUGUUUCAGAGAAUCUCUCCUCACUUGAUACUGGAGACAACACGUGUCUACUUCAACAACACCAAGAACACUUACAAGACUUGAAGAAAGAAUUGUCUGACCAUGUUGGACAUGUUAAAAGGAGCACACUUCACUCUCUCUCUACAGGUUCGGAAGCUGCUCAGAUCUGUAGACUCAGCUACACCUCCACCACUUAUAGAUACUUCGAAACCGGUGAAACUACCAAACCGGUGAAACUACCAACGUUAGAAAUCCCCACGUUUGAUGGUAGUAUUCUCAAUUGGACAACGUUUUGGGAACAGUUUGAUAUCUCCAUCCAUUCCCGUUUUGACCUAGCUACAGCCGAGAAGCUUGCAUAUUUGAGAGAUGCUCUCAAGAAUGGAAAUGCGAAAGCUUCGAUUGAAGGACUCAGUAGAUCUGGAGAACAAUACGAGGAAGCAAUCGCUUGUCUAAAGGACAGGUACGAUAGACCUAGACUUAUCCAUCAAGCACACGUACGAAAGAUUGUUGAAAUCCCCUCACUCAAGGAUGGCAAUGGGAAAGAGCUUCGUCGACUCCAUGAUACUGCUCAGCAACACUUGAGAGCACUAAAGGCACUUGGACAUGAGCCUGACCCAGCAUUCAUCACUUCUAUGAUUGAACUCAAACUUGAUGGCCAAACCAUGUUCGAAUGGCAGCGUCAUAGUCAAGAAUCCACUGAUGUACCACCGUACAAAGACUUGUUGGCCUUUAUCAAUCUACGUGCACAAGCGUCAGAGAGCUCCUCAGACCUCGUGAAGAAAACUCCUAGGAGUGAGCCAUAUACCAGGAAAUACGCUAACCCUCCAAGGCACGUUGCCUCGCACUCUGCAAGUCUCAACAACGACUGUGUAGUUUGCAAAGAGAAGCACCCCUUGUAUCUUUGCACAAAGUUCAAGUCCAUGACACACGAUGAGAAAAGAGUAAUUUUGAAGUCAAAUUGUUUGUGUAUGAAUUGUAUGCGAUCAGGACACUUUGUGAAGAACUGCAAAUCGUUACACAAAUGCCACGUUUGUCAGAAACCUCAUCACACCUUACUUCAUGUGGAGAAAACUGAUUCUCCUUCAGAUUCCCUUAAUGUCUCAUCUAAUACUGUUAUGAAGAUUCGAGCAAACGCCCUUCUCAUGACAUGCUAUGUCAAGGUGAAGUCCCCAGAGGGGUCUGUUAUCACUGCUCGAGCUCUCCUCGAUAGUGCCUCGUCUGCAUCGUUCGUCACUGAACGAUUGGCAAGAGCUUUGAACUUACCACACAUUUCUGGAGUUACUGGCAUCACCACAACGUCACCCCUUAAGUCUGUCGCAAGUUUCAGUAUCAUCACUACAAGCCCCCCAGGAGAGACCAUUGAUGUGGUUGCUAUAGUGUCUCCGAUAGUAACGUGUGAUCUACCUCUAUCACCUGGAACCACUUGUCUGACAUUCCCUUAGCU